GUCACCAAACUCAAAAGCUUUGACGACAAAAAAAAAAAAAAAAAAAAAAAAAACUCAAAAGCUCUCAAUUCCUUUAUCAUAUUACACAUACCUUAUUUCUAGACUAAUGAGAAAGAGCGAGCCAUGAAGGAAUUGGUUAAAAACCUAACUACAGAUCCUGAAUUUAGCCACUUAAGUCAGCAGCUACAAGAAGUAAACAGUGAGUCACCAGAACGGUACACCAACAAAAUACAGAACAUGAUUGAGUGCUACCGUAAGCACUGGGUGAAGUUUCCGCAAUUGUCUCGGCCUCUGGAGACUCGCGGGAACCCUAGAGCAUUAGAGAAUUAUGAAGAGCUUAUUGAGCAACUGAAAAAAGAUUCAGAGUUGGAACCUAUACUAGCUGAGAUAAAUGCUAAUGGUCCCGCUGCUUUGUUGAAGUUCUCGGAUGAUGAAGACGUGUUGAAAAAGAUAAGUAAAGCAAUGGUUAUUGUUGAUCAUGAGACUGCUACUCUUGGUAAUGUGGAGGGUAUGAAAACUGCGUCGGCAUCGGGUGGUAACGAAGUAUCUGAGGGAAGGAAAGCAUUGGAGAUUAUACUUGAGUAUGAAAAGAUGAAAUGUAUUAAAGUUGUACUGGAUGAAGAAAGUGUGUUCAAAAGGCUGGAUGAAGCAAUAAGUAUUGUUCAUAAGAGUGCUGCUUUUGGUGAUGUGGAGGGUCUAAAAACUGCGUUGGCUACUGCUAACAAAGAUGAAGAAGACUCCGAGGGAAGGACAGCUCUGCAUUUGGCAUGCUCUUAUGGCAAGGUGAAAUGUGCUAAAGUUCUUCUGGAUGCUGGAGCAAAUCUCCAUGCGGUUGACAAAAACAACAACACACCGUUGCACUAUGCUGCUAAUUGUGGGAGGAAAAGGUGUAUAAGACUUCUACUCAAGAAGGGUGCUAAAGUCACUCUGCAAAACAUGAACGGCAAAACCCCCAUUGAUUUGGCUAGGCUUAACUAUAAGCUCGAUGCGGUGAACCUGCUUGAGAAGGACGCUUGCCUUUGAGAGCUUUGAGAGUAUUUUGUCUUGUGACUCCCGAAAUGCUUAUGUUGGUGUUAGGAUUUUAGUGCAUGUAUUGGGUUUAGAGUUUGAGAACAUUUUAUCUUUGUGACUCUUGACACUUGAGAUAUAUUUUGUCAAAAGAGAGAAUUAUAAAAGUGGCUGUAAGAA